AUGUUUUCACUGUCAGUAAUAUUUAUCGUCGGUCUUAUACCAUUAAUUACCACUCGUGAUGACAACGAUGUUAUAGAAGGUGACAAUAAAAUUGUAUUAAAGCCUGCAGAACUGGCCAGUCUAGUGUUAAAAGAGCGAAUAAAGACAGAACUCAAGAAAACAAGAUUAUGCAGUAAACCAUGUGUGGACAUAGCAACGAGUACCGAAGCUGCGGAUACUGAAAACUUGCAGGUUUUAAGCAAUAAAUUAGAAGGCAGCUGCAACGACGACGAAAUGUUGUCAAACCGCAAAGUAUGGAGCCGUUGGAGUAAGUGGGGCUCGUGUUCGGUGAGCUGCGGCUCGGGCUUCAUGGCGCGGCGGCGCGCGUGCGUGGCCGGCCGCUGCGCGCGCGGCGAGCGCGAGGAGCAGCGCCGCCCGUGCCGCCGCACGCCUUGCCCGCCGAUCUCCCACCCCCACCCCCUCACUGAAAACACCUAACCAUAAACUAACGUGAAUGCAUUGAUUAAGUGUGACGAAAGCGUAUUAUACUUUUAGCAUUAAA